GUUAUUUUUCAGAAUUUAAGGAUACGAGGGUUCUACUGGACUUCUCUAAGACAAAGAGACGGCACGCACCCGCACCCGCAGCUCUUUGCCGCGUUUACCCGCCUCACCGACGCUAGGGUUUCGAUCCGUGCCGGCGUCCGCGGGAGGCGUGCUUGCCAGCCAGAGAUGGAGGUGGAGCGUCUCCUGGACCUGGCCGUCGAUUACGGCUUCGACCGCGACUUCGCCGUAGCCGCCCUCUCCCGCCUCGUCCACCUCUACGGAGAGGGUGGCCAAGAUUUCAUUACUGUGGAGAACUGUGGCGAUGAUUUUAUUGCUGCAUUGGCUGAUGCAACACAACCUACUGAUGACUGGGAUGACCUCAAUGCAAUAGAGACUGAAGCUUGUGGCAAUUUGAAUGAAAUGAUGAGGAAGGGUGUAAAUGAUGAAAAAGGAGGAGUUGUUCUUGAUACCCCUUUGUUCAAAAGGGCAGACUCCUCCAGUAAACAUAAUCCGAAAGAUUUUGACAUAUUUAAUGAAACAAACACCCACCAUGAUAAUCCCGUGGGUACCCAGAAGAAGGCACAAACCAGAAACUCUAAAGCUCAGACAAGAAGCUCAACAAAAUCUACUGCAUUGCUCUUUGUGUUCCAAAACAAUGUUUUGAAGGUGACCAAAGCAACCAAGAGAUAUGAAUCAACAACUCUAACUUCAAAUAGAGAGGGACAGCCAAAUGCAUGUCUUUGGAAGAGAGGAAUUCUGAGUUAUGAGCAGCUUUCUUCUCUAGAUGACAUCAAUUUGGCAAAUGCUGUCAUCUUUGGCAACAAAAGUUUUAGGCCCCUGCAGUAUGAAGCUUGUAGUGCUGCACUGGAUAAUAAAGACUGUUUUAUACUUAUGCCAACAGGUGGUGGCAAAAGCUUGUGUUAUCAGCUCCCUGCAACAUUGCAUCCAGGUGUUACUGUUGUUGUGUGUCCAUUACUGUCACUUAUUCAGGAUCAGGUGGUUGCUUUAACCUUCAAGUUUGGGAUACAAGCAGCAUUCUUGAAUUCUCAGCAAACUUCUGCACAGGCAUCUGCAGUUAUCCAGGAGCUUAGAAAUGGCACACCUUCUUUCAAACUUCUGUAUGUCACACCUGAAAGAAUGGCUGGAAACUAUUCCUUCAUGGAGAUCCUCAAAGGCUUACACCAGAGGGGAUUGCUAGCAAGAUUUGUGAUUGAUGAAGCACACUGUGUAAGUCAAUGGGGACAUGACUUUCGUCCAGAUUACCGAGGCUUAGGAUGCCUCAAACAGCACUUCCCUAGAGUCCCAAUCAUGGCUCUAACUGCAACAGCAACUGAAGCUGUCCGUAAGGACGUCCUCAAUACCUUGAGGAUCCCAAACGCUUUGGUACUUAAGAGGAGCUUUGACAGACACAACCUCAACUACAUGGUGAUUGGCAAGACUAGAACUCCCCAGAUGCAGCUGGGUGAUUUACUGAAAGAGCGUUUCAUGAACAUGUCUGGCAUUGUGUAUUGUCUCUCGAAGAAUGAAUGUGCGGACACUGCCAAGUUCUUGAGGGAGAAGUACAAGAUAAAAUGUGCUCAUUACCAUGCUGGCUUGGCGGCCCGUCAGCGAAGCAGCGUCCAAGAAAAGUGGCACAGAGGAGAGGUCAAAGUUAUUUGUGCUACAAUAGCCUUCGGCAUGGGGAUUGACAAGCCUGACGUGCGCUUUGUUGUCCACAACACGCUGUCGAAAUCGAUAGAAAGCUACUAUCAGGAGUCUGGGCGGGCUGGAAGAGACGAUCUUCCAGCGCAUUGUGUGGUGUUAUAUCAGAAGAAAGACUUCAGCCGCAUUGUGUGCAUGCUGAGGAGUGCUGAAAACUUCAAGAGUGAAACCUUCAAGGUUGCAAUGGACCAAGCAAAGAAAAUGCAGGCAUAUUGCGAGCUGAAGACUGAGUGUCGCAGGGAGACUCUUCUGGGUCACUUUGGCGAACAGUUCAACAGUCAAAGGUGUAAAGAUGGCCCAAGCCCCUGUGACAUCUGCCUGAAGGAAGCUUCGCGAGGGCACUAAGAAAGUGUUGGUCUUAACUCCAUGAUGGCUUGGAACUUAGAAGCUGUGUUCCUACAGAAACAGUACAAGCUUUGUGAUGCACACUGUCCCUGGACUUAUGUUCAGGCUUUACGAUCAGUGCAGAGGACAGGAGGGGGUUAUCUUGCGCAGGAUCGUGGGAUUUUACCUUGUAGCUCUUCACUGCAUAUAUAAGCGCAUAACCCUUUUAUGUUUCUCCUCUCGGUUCGUUGAAGUCUUAUUAAUUGCAUAAAGAUGUUAAGAGCUGUUUAAGUCUACAUUCUUACCAUAUUCGCAGUCAUCAAUGUCAGGUAUUUUCCUA